AUGUGGUUACGAAAGUACUUACAGAUAGGCGAGGACCGGCCCACAUGGGCAUACAUAGUCGAUGUCAUCAUGGCAAUCAAUGUAACAAGAGACGCGGGUAAAAUAAGAAGAGACGCACAAUUGAACACGUAUCUCCAAUCAUGGGGACCAGCAACCAAAGGGAAGACGCGACUUCCAAAGUAUCUACAAACAAUGAUGGCGACGGGGAAAAAAUAUAAUGUCAGCUUCGCAGCAAUCAAACUCGAUAGGAGAUUGAAAGAAGAACUACCAGUGUGGUACCACCUCGGAGCAACAAAACAACUACGAAGAUUAAACAACACCAAAGUCAGCGACUGCCUGAGACAGAAGCAUGGUGUACAUGUGAUAGCGAACCUACUGAAGGUAACAGAAACGCAUAUACCGAUAAUAAACGGGCAAAUGGGAAGCGAGGCACAGAUAGAGAAUGAAUGUGAAUGCGAUAAAUGUGAAGACUUAAGAAACAAAGGGUGUAAACACCCAGAAACAUGCCGACAAGCAGCAGCUAGAAUACUAGGCCUUAUAAGGCCGAAGUGGCACCCAGAGAACGAAAACAACGACGGACUCUCCCUCACACACAGAAGAAAGGAGAAGAACCAACAAGCCGUUGAGAACGAAGAGGCAACAACGUUUGACCCGUCAGUAACGUCCAGAGAUGGCAUAGCACAAGCCUUCAGGGCUUUUGUCAACCCCACAACACACGACAAGCCGCCGGCCAUAAGACGAGGAAGAGCUAGGAACGUCCCAGAGGAAGAGACGACGGCAUAC